AUGAAGGCAACCACUCUCUGUGCUUUGUUAUUUUUUUGCUGGAAAAUGAUUUAUUGUCAUUCCUGUGAGCUAUCAAAUAUUACAAUAGCCGUGGAGAAGGAAGAAUGUGGCUUUUGCAUCCUGGUGAAUGCAACCUGGUGCUCUGGUUACUGCUUCACAAGGGAUCGAGCUAAUAUGAUCCUUCCACAGAAACAUGUCCAGAAUAUCUGCACAUUCAAGUCAAUUGUAUAUGAGACUGUAAAAAUCCCAGGUUGUGCUGACCAUGCAGAAUCCUUUUAUUCCUACCCAGUUGCGACAGGAUGUCACUGCAGCACCUGCGACACAGACAUUACCGACUGCACCCGGAGAGGCUUGGAGCCAAAUUAUUGCUCCUAUGGCCAGUCACGGAUCACGGAGUGA